CGCAAACCAAAGCGAAGCGAGUAGACACAGAAGCAGAGAAAGAGGGAAAAUAAAAGCUCGCGUGAGGGAGAAGAGUUGCAGAGGGAGGGGGAAAAUGUCAGGAAGAGGGAAGGGUGGUAAGGGAUUGGGAAAGGGAGGAGCGAAGAGGCAUCGUAAGGUGUUGAGGGAUAACAUCCAAGGUAUCACCAAGCCUGCCAUUCGUCGCUUGGCUAGACGUGGUGGUGUCAAGCGUAUUAGUGGUCUCAUCUACGAGGAGACUCGUGGGGUUCUCAAGAUAUUUCUUGAAAACGUCAUUCGUGAUGCCGUUACCUACACUGAGCACGCUCGCCGGAAGACCGUCACCGCUAUGGACGUCGUCUAUGCUCUCAAGAGACAGGGCAGGACUCUCUAUGGGUUCGGUGGUUAGGGUUUCGGCCUAUUUUAUCUUUUGCAUUUUUUGUUUUUCUCUUAUGGGCAUCUGUUAAUAUAGAUGAUAUGUGAUGUAUUCUCUUCUUUGUUCUCUUUACAUUGAUGGGGUUAUGUAUCUUUUCUGAGCUAUUGAUGGAAAAGAAUCAAUGAGGUAUUGAAUGAUAAGAAUUGGUUAAGAUUUCAAAAUAUUCCAAUGUUCAUUUA